GGAGCAUGUCUGCAAAGACUGAGCUGCCUUUCCGGCUGGACAACCAGCUAACGGAGGUGAUGCGCCUGCGGGUUCAGUCCCUGCAGCAGCGCAGCCAGAAGAGGCAGGAGGGUGAGCGCCUGCUGCGGCCCAAUGAGGCCGUGUACCGGCUGGACUUCUCCAAACAGUCCCUCCGCUUCUCCCACUGGACGGUGAGGCUGGCGCAGCCGGGGCGCCUCACCAUCACUGCCACCUCACAGCUCUGGACGCCAGAUCUCACUAACCUGAUGACCCGCCAGCUGCUGGAGCCCGUUGGGGAGUUCUGGAGAGUGGCCGGUGAAGCCCCGGAUGUGUCCGCUCAGUGCUAUGAAGCUGAUGUGGCCGAACUUGGUGAGAGAAUAGCAGAGCUGGCGAAGGUGAGGAAAGUGAUGUACUUCCUGUUUGCGUUUGCAGAAGGCUGCAGCCCCGAGUCUAUCGACUGCUCAAUCACCUUCAUGGUGGACACUUAAGACAUGGGACGAACGAAACCCACCGUAAAAUAAACUCAGUGCGCUUUACCUGGAGAAGCUGUUGUUUUUAGGUAGCGUCAUGUUUCUUGUAUGAUCAAUUCAGUCAGAAGCUUGUCAGCUGCUUCUUUAAAGAACUCAACAACUGCAACCAAUUCUAUUGUUUACUUUCUAUCUCUGCACCCUGGGAAUAAAUACAGUUAAGUUAAAUUUAAGAUGCAUCCUGAUUUUAUUUGUCAUUGCUUCGGUUUAAGUGCUGAACCAAAAUGUUGUCUUGCUUUCUGUCUGUCUGACAAACAUUCAGCCCUGAAGGCUGUGCCUGAGUCCAGUCCCACAUGAGGCAACACACAGAGACAAUGUGCGCUUGUUUACAAGUAUUUCCCAGCAGAUGAGCAAACAGGUCGUGCUGCCUCAUUGACCCUGAUAAACAAGAGAAGGAUUGGUGGCUCUCUUCCUCCCUAAGGCUCUCACUCCCUUCUGCAAACCGCCUCAGGCAUUGCACGGGAACUGUGAAUGAGAAGCGUCUGAAAACAUGUGAGAGAAAACAACUCACAGAUCAGAUGAAUCUAAACUUGUUUCUUGUCAACAAACAGUUCUAAAAAAGUUGACACCUGAAGCAUCAAGAGGCUGAAUCUGGUUUCACCAAAAAAAAUGUCAGCGCACUCUCAAGAGUCCUAAUUAAAACCAUCCUGCCUGCAGCCUCUGAACCCAUGAAUAUGGAUUAUAGAUCCGUCUCCUCAUUGUUAUGCAUCCUUCUGCUCAAUCUUGCUCGUCACCCCUUGACCAAACAGAAGUAUAUGUAGGUUAUGGCUCAACCACUCAGCGGUGGGCAGGAAUAAG